AUGCUGCAAAUCAGCACAGAAUACCUGGCCGUGGGCGCCAAUGGACAUCCAUCUGUAGCAGAUUGGGAUGAGUCUGGCAUUCUUGCCUUUGGAGCAGAUCAGAACGUCGCGCUAUGGAGACCUCAGGAUGAAAAUUUAAGAGGUAUUUUCCAGCUCCUUAGAGGCCACGAGAACAUCGUAAAUGCUGUCAAGUUCAUUCCUGGAUCCUCUGGUGUAGUCAUUACCGGGUCUGCUGAUAAAAACCUCGUGAUCUGGAGAAAGAAUGCCCAUACAGGACACUAUGAAAACUCUCAACAGCUCCAUACCCAAGAAAAAGAGAAUCAUCAAAAUUCUAUCAACUGUCUUGCAGUAUCUGGGGAUGGGAAGAUCUUUGCGUCAGGCUCUGCGGAUUCGAUCGUGAAAAUAUGGUCGUUGGACGCCGAAAAUAAAGCUGGCUUACAGCAAACAAUCGAGAUUAAACCCCGAUUCUUCCCAUUAGCUUUGGCUCUUAGUCCACUUACAGGAUCGCCGGGCUCAUAUAUUCUUGCCGUAGCAGGAACGAAGGACAUCAUUCAAUUGUAUGUUCUCGAUCCUGAAACCAGCAACCAAUUUAAACUCCAGGCAACCCUCGCAGGUCACGAGGGAUGGAUUCGAUCGUUAGAGUUUACAAGAGAAAACGAGGAUUCAGACAGUGAUCUGCUGCUUUCUUCCGCAAGUCAAGAUAAAUAUAUCCGGUUGUGGCGAGUUCAUCAAGGCAAAGAAUUGCCAGCUGCUGCUGCUUCCGCAGAUCCAACUCUAGGAGCGUUCAUGCCCGGAAAGUCACUUUCGAACAAAGCUCAUAGAUUUAGUGCUCAAGGUCUUGCCUUUUCUGCCACUUUCGAAGCUUUACUAUUGGGCCAUGAAGACUGGAUCUACAGCACAAGAUGGAGACGCGGGGAUGGACGGCUGCAGUUGCUCUCCACUUCUGCAGAUAACUCUCUAGCAAUGUGGGAGUCGGAUCCAUCGACCGGAGUGUGGGUCAUAAUGACACGACUGGGAGAGAUCAGCUCCGAAAAAGGCUCUACCACUGCUACUGGAAGUACAGGUGGUUUUUGGACAGGACUUUGGUCACCAUCCGGCCAGACCGUGACUGCUCUUGGACGGACAGGAAGUUGGAGGUUAUGGAAUUUUGAUAAACAAAAGGAGAGAUGGAUUCAGGGAAUCGGUGUGAGCGGCCAUACUCAAGCCAUCACAGGAAUCUCGUGGUCAAAAGGAGGUGACUACUUACUAUCGACCAGUUCGGACCAGACGACCAGGCUUCACGCUCGGUGGAAGCGAGGACAACAAACCUCAUGGCACGAGAUGGCAAGACCACAGAUUCAUGGCUACGAUUUGAAUUGUAUCGAUUCGUUAGGAGACUCACAGUUUGUUUCUGGAGCUGAUGAAAAACUCAUGAGAGUAUUUAGUCAGCCCAGAGCUGUUGCCAACCUCCUCACGAAGCUAUGUGGUAUUCAAGGAUUUCAGGUUGAUGAGAUGCCGGAUGCAGCAAACAUGCCAGUGCUCGGUCUAUCAAAUAAAGCCAUCGAGGCGGUUGAUGAUGAUACUGAGAUCCUACCUCCAGCCAACGACAGAGAUCAUAAUGCGAUUGACCCCGCUUCGGUCGUCCACAAAUCAACUCUUGAUCUCGACCAGCCCACUUCAGAAGAACAUCUUUCUCGGCAUACACUUUGGCCUGAAGUUGAAAAGCUUUAUGGUCAUGGCUACGAGAUAUCAACACUGGCAGCAAGUCACGAUGGCUCUAUCAUUGCAACAGCGUGUAAAGCCAGUUCUAUAGACCACGCAGUGAUCCGACUUUUUGAGACCAAGACUUGGCUGGAGAUAAAGCCUCCAUUAAAACAGCAUUCUCUAACCAUCACAAGACUCCGUUUCUCAUCUGAUGAUAGCCACCUUCUCAGUGUAGGUCGGGAUCGCCAAUGGGCGGUAUUCGAACGCAGUACCGAGGACAAGACAAUUUACAAGCUCGCCUAUGGAAAUCCGAAGGGUCAUACUAGAAUGAUACUCGAUGCUGCAUGGGGACCAAACACUUCGAGUUUCUUUGCAACUGCAGGGCGUGACAAGAAAAUCAACUUUUGGGCCAAGGACAACACCGGAUUUCAUUGCCGCUCAACUAUUACGGAAACGGCGCCAGUGACUGCCAUUGAUUUCGUUGGUAGGAAAAUAACAGACGAUGUUGCGUAUAUUGCAGCUGGAAGCGAGACCGGCUUUGUCGCUAUUCAUGCUCUGAACAUUAAUAAUGGAUUUGCUGCCCAGAUGCUGGGCGUUUAUCUUCCUAGUUCCUAUCCCAACCCAACGAAAGCAGUAACACAAUUGGCAUGGAAGCCAGUCAACGAAAAAGACAAGGAUGAAGAUGGAAACCUGAAUAUGGAGCUCGCGAUUGCGAGUGAAGAUUGCUCUCUACGGGUCUACUCUUAUAAGCCCCGCCUUCCUGAAAGUUAA